AUGCAGAGCUCUGAAGAAGUGCAGAGGAAGCUGAUGUAUCACAGCUUACUGCCGAGCCUGGAGGCUCCCGAGAUCACCGAGGAGGCACGGCAGCUCUACUUGGAGCAAUGUGGUGGGACGGACCUUUCUCUUGCUGCCCUUCGUGGGGAUCAAGAGCUCGUGGAAGUGUUGUUGGCUUCCGGUGCUAGCGAUUCCCCCGAUUUUUCGGGAGUCACGGCCCUCUACCACGCCGCCAUGCGCGGCUUCGCAGAGAUCGUACGGAGCCUGGCAGCCGCCCGCUCCGACCUCGAGGCCCGUUGCUCCGACGGCUCCACGGCCCUGAUCCAAGCGGCCUACGUCGCCAGCCAAACCGAGGGCCCACGCCGCGCCGCCUGCGCGGUCGUGGUGUCGGUCCUAAGAGAGCUGGGUGCGGACCUUGCUCCCAAAGACAGCUGGGGCAAGACUGCCGAUUAUUACUGCCGGGGUGUGCCGGAACUUGAGAUCGCCAUCAAGUCGGAAGUUCUCGUCACCUGCCCCUACCAAGAUUGCCAUCGAGUGUACCGAGUCAGGCGUGCAGACUACCGAUGCCGCGUCGUGAGAUGCGGCUGCGUGAUCUUCAGGGGCCGCGAGUAUCAGCUUCCCAAGCACGGGAGCCGUGCAGACGUCCGACAAUGGCUGCAGGAAAGUUGGGGUUGGGAUGGCUGGCCGGGAGAGGUUUUGGGCUGUGGACGGCCCUUUCGAUUCCCAGAGGAGAGUGGCUUGGGCUCCUUCCUUACCUGGUCCGAAGAGCUGACCGGUGCGGAGCAUCCCUCCGCAGUGGAUGCCGACGGCGACUACUCCAUUGCAACAUCAAACCUUUGA